GACAUCAAGAGACGAUAGCACCACAGGAGAGAGAGAGAGAGAGAGAGAGAGAGAGAGAGAGAGAGAGAGAGAUCCAAAAAUGAAUCUACAAGGUGAGCCCCUGAACCUGAAGGAGGCCACGGUCACAUGCAUCCCAAGGCUGCGCGGCGGUGCCGGUGGCCGGCGAUCGCGCCGAGGAGCCUCCGCAUCCGCUGCCACGCCGGUGUCGGUGCUGGACCGCCUACGGGACGUCGUGCUGCGGAUGGCGAUGCUGUCGGCCGCCACGUCGACGACCACAUCCAAGGGCGCCCUGCGGCGGACGACGGCGACAGCGACGCCGUCUAGAGCGGCGGCGCGCGUGAUACCCGCGACGGCUGCAUACGCGGACUCGUACCGGAGCGAGGCAGUGGACGAGUGCAUCGAGUUCCUAAAGCGCUCGGCGGCUGGCGGCGCCGCCUCCGCUGUCGUGGAAGCGAGCACGGCGGCGUCACCUUUGCAUGCGCCUGCAGCAUGUGCCAUGUGAAUAACAACUAGGCGUACAUGUUUUCUUUCUCAUUUUUAUCAAAAAAAAAAAACACGGAUUCUUCGUUUCGGUGGAGGAUGCAGGUGUGGUGUUUGUACAUGUGGUGGGUCGAUGUAGACGAGAGUUGGUACGUAGUAGCUAGCUAGGUUGAUAAUGCAUGCAUGCAUGUGUUUGAUGUCGUGGUGUCGUGUAAAAAUAACCUGAACUUGUGAAGAGCA